UGCUAUUUAUAUGUUGGAGACUUACCUGCAUUUUUGUACUAACCAAACAAAUUACGGAAACUUCAAUAAUAUAUAGAUUCCCAUUCUUUCAUGUCCCUCGCUGAGAAAGAGCUUUGCGAGUUUCAGUCACAAACGCCUGCCCAACCCCAGCCCAACCCACACCCUGUCGCCAAGAAACGCACCCGCCAAGACAACCACUCCCCGUUUCGCGGGGUACGUAAGAGGAGGUGGGGGCGUUACGUCUCCGAGAUACGGUUACCGGGUCAAAAGACACGGAUAUGGCUGGGGUCGUUUGGGUCACCGGAGAUGGCAGCUCGGGCAUAUGACUCGGCAGCUUUCUUCUUGAAAGGCGACUCUGCUAUCCUCAACUUCCCGGAGUUAGUGGGGUCACUUCCCCGGCCAGAGUCUUGCUCGAGGAGGGAUAUACAAUCCGCGGCGGCCAAAGCGGCUUUGGAGGAAUCGGUGGGCAGGGUAAAAGAUGAGGAGGGUCCGGAAAGCUUCGGGUGGUGGGAUGAUGUGGGGAUGGCGGCGUUUGAGGAAGUGAAAGCAAGUCCGUUGAGGUUUGAUUCAAUGGAGGGAGAGCUGUUGUCUUUCAUGGAGGAUGAUCAUCAUUUCUUCACUUCCUGCUUUGAGUUGUAAAUAUAUAUAAGAAUGAUUUUCUAUUCUAUAUAUUAUUUGAUAUCUUCUUACCUUAGGCUUAGGGUCUUUGCUUGUUAGCCUGCAUGGACCAUGGUUUAGCUUACUUUAUUCAACUUUUUAUUAAAUCCCUAUGUUUGCAAGGCAUAAUUAGCGAUGUUAGGAGAAGUUGAUCUUCAUUAAUAAACUGAUUUGAGGAUGAAAA